AUGACUGUGCUGGCAGGACGACAUGGGACGAGGGACCCCACCAGGCGCUGGGCAGAGCUGGCAAAGUGGCGCCAGGUCCCCCAGCCAGAGCACGCCUGUGUCCGCGUACCUCUCAUCGCUCCCCCAGUGCAGCGGGCAGCGAACCCCGGCAAAGGGGCUCCCGGGGGCGAGGGCAGCAGGAGCCGCUCGUGCUCGAGUGAGCUGCGUGACCCGCCCAGCCGUCUGUGGGGCAGCGGGGACAGCGGGGACCUGCGGCUCCCGCCUGGCUGGAGGAGACGCUUUGGCAGAGGGAUCCCAUGGAGUGUUCUCAGGAACUACUCCUCCGCCAGCGCCCAGGAGAAGGCGAGGAGAAAUGCCAUCUGCGAGAGGACAGAGCUGCUGGAAGUGCUGAAAGCUCGAGUGAAGCAGCUCCAAGCCAGUAAUGUCCCGGAGGUGAUGGUCAACAAAGUGGAGCUGGCCCCGCUGGGGAAUGACAAGUACCAGGACCCCCUGCAGAAAGUGGUGGCUCCCGGUGCUGCGGAGGAGCAACCCGCUCCCAGGGGAAGGGAUGGGAGCCCAGCCCGGCCCAGCAGCUGGGUCGAGAAGUUGAAGAAGGAGAUGUACAUCCGGCAGCUGAAGGUGGAGCGGAAGUUAUCCAUCGCUGCCUCCCAGCUGGCUCGGGAGGGCCAGGCCAAACCAAAGGCCAAGGCCAAGGCCAAACCAAAGGCCAAGGCCAAACCAAAGGCCAAGGCAAAGGCCAAACCAAAGGCCAAGGCAAAGGCCAAACCAAAGGCCAAGGCAAAGGCCAAACCAAAGGCCAAGGCAAAGGCCAAACCAAAGGCCAAGGCAAAGGCCAAACCAAAGGCCAAGGCAAAGGCCAAAGCUAAAGCCAAGAAGAGCCUGAAGAGCCCAAAGGCCCCAAAGGCUAAAGUGGCUGCUGCCUGGAGCCAGAGCCACGCUGGCCCUCACGGUGUCUAUGCCUUCCACAAGCCGAGGGUGGCAGCAGUGAAGGAGGGUGCAAAGGCGCAGUGGCCUCGGAGGGUGCUCAAGGACAAGGACGGCAGCCAGUACAAGAUCCUGCAGCAGACCAUCCAGUCCAGCCUCGAAUGCUUCCUCUUCUUGCAGCAGCCAGAGGAGGCUGAGAGGUUCCUUCUCUUGUACCACAGCUCCCCUGUGAAGAGAAGGCUUUUGAGUGUCAAUGCGUACAACAUCGUGAUGCGUAGCUGGGCAAGAAAGGGCUGCUUGCAGCGCAUCAACCAGCUGUUUUCCAUGCUGGAGUCCGUCGGCCUCCGGCCCAGCCUGGACUCCUACGCAGCAGCACUGGAGUGCAUGGGCCGGAACCAGUCAUCCACCAAAGCUGUCUGGAGAUGUGUGCAGCAGCUGAAGAACGAUGGCUUCCACGUGGAUGAGCUCUUCCAAAAGUGCCUGUUUGAGGAAGAUGAGAAGGAGAAGGUGCUGAGGGCCAUCAGGAUUGUCCAGCCCAACUACCAGCUGCCCCCUCCACCCAAGCCCCAGACCUGCAAGUCUUCUCUGCUCCAGGACUUCUACUCCAAAGAGAAGAUGGUGCCAUACCCCAAGCUGGAUUUCACUGUGCAGGAGCUGCAGGAGCGCUUUCAGCAGCAGCUGGAGAUGGAGCUGGACAAUACCAUAACCAUCGAGUCAGUGGAGUCAACCAAACCUCUGACCCCGCAAGCCAUUAAAGCGCGCAAACUGCUGGCCACCCUUCGUUCCCAGUGGCAUGACUCCAUCCUCCAGGCCCUGCAGAAGUCGAAGCACAGCAUGUCCAAGCUCAAGACGGUGUCGGGGUACAACAUUCUCUACCCCUACCUGUGCCUGAUGCCGGAUGAGGAGUAUGUGGGCAUCAUGCUGCAGAUCCUCAACACCCUCUCUCCACAAGGAGAAUCCCUGGCUGUCUUGGCCAGGGAGCUGGGCUCCAAAAUCUACAACAGAUACAUCACCCAGAGGAAGCUGCGCAGCCGACAGCUGGAGAAGGUGCAGGAGGUCUAUGAGGAAUACAUUCACCUGCUGGCAAAGGACAGCCAGCCUGACAGGUACUUGCCACGGGAAUAUUGGGAGAAGCUGGUGGCAGAAGCAGGCUUUGGGCCUUCCCUGAACUUGAAGGACUGCAGUUGGCCGUACAUGCUCCUCAUGCGCCUGGGCAUGCACAUGCUGGAACUCCUGGUGCAGGCUGUCAAGGUGCCGAGGAACGUCCUCAAUCCUCGCCUGGAGCCCAGGCUUAUCCCCGUCCUCUACCACGUCUACUCCUUCCACAGCAGCUGGCAGGUUGGGCUGAUAAAGCCCCAUCCCAUCUUCUCCCAGAUUGUGUCAGAUGCUGCAGAGACCUUGCUGACCUUUAAUUCCUCUGCCAUACCUAUGCUGUGCCCCCCGGUACCCUGGACCUCCCCCCACUUUGGUGCCUUUGCCCUGAAUGACACCAAGUUGAUGCGCUUUGUGGAUGGGGCCAUCCAGCACCAGCUGCUUCUGGAGCAGUGUCCUCCGGUGAACCUCCACCCCGUGCUGGAUGCCCUGAACCAGCUGGGCAACUGCGCCUGGAAGAUUAACCAGCCAGUGCUGGAUAUCAUCAUCUCCAUCUUCAAUGACAAAGGCAAUGAGAAGCUGGACAUCCCACCGCCCAUCUCUGAGGCCCCCAGGCCUCCUGCUGCUCCCAGCAAUUCCUCUACCUGCAACAAGUCCCAGAAGCACGAGUUGUUGCUGUACAAGAAGAAGACAGCUGAAAUGCACAGCUUGCGCAUGGAUGCGCUGUAUAAGCUCUCCAUCGCCAACUACGUCAGGGACAAGGUGUUCUGGUUUCCUCACAACAUGGACUUCCGAGGCAGGACUUACCCUUGCCCACCUUAUUUCAACCACCUCGGUAACGAUGUCACCCGGGCCAUCCUGCUUUUUGCAGAGGGAAAGCCACUGGGGCCCAAGGGCCUUGACUGGCUGAAGAUCCACCUCGUUAACCUCACGGGGUUGAAGAAGAACAACGCCUUGCAGGAGCGGCUGGAGUACGCCAAUGAAAUCAUGGAGGAGAUCCUGGACUCAGCCGACCACCCGCUCACAGGCAGGAAGUGGUGGAUGAACACCGACGAACCCUGGCAAGCCUUGGCGUGCUGCAUGGAAAUCGCCAAAGCCUCGCGGUCCCCAGAUCCAGCAGCCUACAUUUCUCACUUCCCGGUUCACCAGGAUGGCUCUUGCAAUGGUCUGCAGCACUAUGCAGCUCUUGGCCGGGACCUUAUUGGCGCCAUGUCCGUCAAUCUGAUGCCCUGCAGUGUCCCCCAGGAUGUCUACAGUGCGGUGGCCCAGCAGGUGGAGGAGUUUCGGAAGAAGGAUGCUGAACAGGGAGUGAAGAUUGCCCAGGUGCUGCAAGGCUUUGUCAACCGCAAGGUGGUGAAGCAGACGGUGAUGACAGUGGUGUACGGUGUCACACGCUACGGCGGGCGGCUGCAGAUGGAGAAGCGUCUCAAGGAGAUUGAUGAGUUCCCUGAGGAAUACUUGUGGGAAGCAUCUCACUACCUCGUAAAGCAGGUGUUCAAUGGCAUCAAGGAGAUGUUCUCAGCAACUCGAGAUAUCCAGAACUGGCUGACGGAGAGUGCCAAGCUCAUUGCCCAGUCGGGACGGACAGUGGAGUGGGUCACGCCACUGGGUCUACCCAUCGUGCAGCCCUACUAUCGCUCCAGGUCCACUGUGCUGAAUUGCAGCAUGCAGAACUUGAGCGUGAAAACCUCCAACGGCAACCAGAAGCCUGAUACAGUGAAGCAGAAGAAUGCCUUCCCACCCAACUUCAUCCACUCCCUGGACUCCACGCACAUGAUGCUCACGGCUCUGCACUGCCUCAGGCAGGGUCUGACCUUCGUCUCAGUCCAUGAUUGCUACUGGACUCACGCGCUCACUGUGGAUGUCAUGAACCAGAUCUGUCGGCAGCAAUUUGUGGCUCUGCACAGUGAGAAGAUCCUGCAGGAUCUGUCCGAGUUCAUGCUGGAGAAGUACUGCAGCCCCGGCAGAGAGACUAGAGCCCUCUGGCAGAAGAAACUGAUGGAGCAGCUGUCGAAUGUCCCCAAGACAGGCAAAUUCAACCUGAAGAAGGUGAUGGAUUCCACCUAUUUCUUCAGCUGAGCCCUGGCAGCCAGCGGGGCCCUGGACUACCUCUGGACUGCCGGCUGCCUCAGAGGCUGCGGUAGGCACUGGCCUGCGAGGCCCCUCUGUCCUGCGUCUCAUGGGGAAAGUGGGUACAGCUGCCAGCCCAGCAAAACAUACCUGCCCAACACCGAGAUGCUGGGGCAAACUGGGACUCCUCGAGGAGCGCGGGAGCAGCCACGAGGGGCUGGUGGGGGACAGGGUGUCUGCACUGUUUGCUGUUACUGCCUGCAUCCAGGCAAGGGGAGAGGGCAUCGAGCCCUGGGGAGGGCUGCAUCUCUCUGGUGUGGGGUCAAAGGGACACAACGUGCCUGCUUGUACUGCGAGCUCCAGAGCUUGCCUGGCUAGCGCCUGUCCUGGGCUGCCAUCCCUCUCCAUUCCUCUCCACCAGCGGGGCUCAGACCUCCUGGAGCGUUAGGCCCCUGCCUGGAGGGGCAGGCAGCCGGCCGUGGCCACAGCAGGAGCCUCCUGCCCUUUUCUGCCCUGCUCUUGGCUGCAGGGUGGGUGCUAGGCUCCAUGCCCCGCUCCAGCUGCUGGGCACUAUCACUGCUCUUGCUGUAGCACAGCCUCUGCGGCUCCUGGCUCUCAUUUCCAGGGAUCGGUUUAAAUUCUGCUUACUGGGUCUCAGGCAGGGAAAACCACUAACACGGGGGUGGAAGUGUACAAUACUGUAAAUAAAAUGGGUUUUUUUGAAAUAC